CACUAUUAUGAGGUCUACGACGUGUCAACUCUCGUCCCGCAUUUGCCAUGCACAGCAAAGCGUGCCGAGAUGUCCUCAACUCUCCGGACGUCCUAUCAAGAACCCCCAACCCCAACCACUUCCGAACCGAAUACGAUGCGGCGUUAUUUGCUGGCCCAGGCUCAUUCAACUGCUGCCUUAGUUGCCUCGACUUGUUCGUGGAUGCCCUGCUGCUAUCCGCCUUGCAUGCCGCGAUCUUGCAGUGGCGGGACUCCUGUAGGUUUGUAUCACUACUGUGGCCUUCCUCAGGAACCCUGAACGUGACAAUGCAUGGGUUAAGAGCCAUUUGGAUUCCUACAUCAUAUAGUGAGAUAUUGAACAGACUCCAUCCUUGCAAUCUGAAACUUUAUAUAAGAAGCACAGAGAUAUCCCCGAUGGAUGGACGUAUUCUGGAUUUUGUUUGUUACCUGUCAAUCUCACUGUGUGUCAUCAGUCUAACUUUUGCAAUGCUGAGACGGCGACUAUCUAAGUGUACCAGUUCCUUGGAGCUCAGCUAACUUUGCAAAUCCCGGGUUGCCAUUUGGAGAAGAUGGUUCAUGCUAAGACUGACGAUCCAUAAAUGAUAGAACCGGAAGAAUUUGGUUCUCCCCGUAAGCGAUCGUGGCCGACGAAUUUACCGAAUAGAACCGGAGCACUCGGACAAAUUCAUGCAUGUAUCAAUCAUCAUGAGUGGCUAGCAACGGACACAUUCGGUUCUUCCCUACCAACCUUGUUGAGAAGGGGAUGAUCAAGAGCUAGCGAGCUAGCUGAUCCAGACAGCCGGUUUCGAUCUUGAUUUCAGUUAUGCUUUGCGCCAAAAAAACCCCCCCGAAAUAGUGCCAGCCUGUCCUAACGUGCGGGGUCCUUUACAGGUCCCCGUUAUACGCUACGGAGUACAUAAAUAAGG